CGGCGUCGUUGGCGUCGUGCAUGGCUUUGAGGAAGGGGCGGCUCAUCGGCGGGACAAAGAUCGCCAGCGCGGUGUAGCGGUGCGGGCGGCUUGCUGUCGGAGGCCGCGGCCAUGAGCGGCGGCGGCGAGCGAGUGCCAGAGCAGCCUCAGCGGGCGGAGAACAGCAGCGGCCUCUUCGGCGGGGAGAACCGAGCUGCAGCCGCGGCCGUCGACGCGGAGAACUCCACACAAAAUGGCGGCCGCCCUGAGAGGAGCAGGAGCGACGAGGAGGCGCAGUUCGGGGCCGCCGGCGAGGGCAAGGGAUCCCCGCGCGGGGACCACCACAAGGGCAGCGGCCCCGAGCAGCAGCCCAAGUAUAGCGAUGGGCUCCCCAGAGCCCCCGAAGACAACAUGCCCCUUAAGAAAAACUUUCAGAUCCCCAGGAAGAGCAAAGAAAAGAAAGCUCUUUUUCAGCCAGUAACAGCAGGAUCUCGUGAAUUUAAAGAGAUUGUGAACAUUUUGCAUUCAUCAUAUUUGGAAAACAAUUCAAAGGACAAUUUCACCUACAAAAUAGCCAGUUUGGUUCAUAGUGAACUGUUGGAAAAGGAGUUCAUAGAGAAACGAAGAGAAUUGAAACAAGAUGGCCGAUCAGAAAAAGAGCUAGAGGAAACAUUUGCGUUUCUAAAGGUUGACCGUAACAUGGUGGAAAACAUCUGUGAAAAUGGCUUGCUGGUGGGCCAUUCCAAGUUGACAGUUCUUGGCAACUCUUCCCUAGGUGUAUAUCUUUCUAGGUAUGCUGAUUUAUUGCAAGCUAAUCCUCUGGAGGCUAGAGCAGUGGGUGAUAUUAUUAUUUUUAAAGUAAUAAAAGGAAAAAUGAAGACAGUAAGCAGUAACCUAGCAGUGAAAUCAAUUGAAUCAACUGUUAAAAGUGGAUUAGACCCUACACCAAAGCAUGAAUGCCAUGUUUUAAAGAAUGCAGACAAAAUCCGUUCCCUCCUAUCUUACAGAGCGUAUGAGCGCACACAGUAUUAUUUCUAUGAAUAUUACUUUGAUGAGAUCAGACCAAGACUGAGACCAAGGCAUGUGUGUCCAUAUGCUGCUGUAUCAUUUUCUCACAGUGAUGAAAAGGUACCAAAGUAUUUGCCACCGCCAAGAACAAAGAUUUCUAAUGUGGAUAAAAGCACUGAUAAGGAAAGCUACACCUUAUGGAAAGGGCAGCUUUUAAACAGAGGGACGCUUGUAUGCCAUGCUGCUUUGAAAUCAGAAAUGCGUCCUUUGCUUCCCUGCAAACUACCUGAAAAGCUCGAUGUUGACAUGGUUAUGAACAUUGAACACUUAAAGCAUGUCUUUCCACGUGUGUUGCAGAAAGAAAUAUAUUCAGGAGAAAGGGAAGAGUUCAGGAAUGGAAUGUAUUGCAGUCUGUAUGAAGUUGUGGAAAAGACUAGAUCAGGAAGUAAUUUGGAAGGUAUACUUCAAAAGCUAGAGACAGACAAACUGGUUAUUGUAAAACCACUUGUAGACAGGGGAUAUCUCUUGCUGCUUUCUUCUAAUCAAAUGGCUUCCCCAUAUGACAACCGAAAUCCUCACAUUCUGCAGGCAUUGUUUCUAUUUCGGAAUCCUAGAGGUGUUGUGACUUCAAUUCUAAAAAAUGAACAGAAAAAUGCAAAAACGUUAUUAACGCAAGAAGCCCAUGUGGUUAUGCCGGAAUUUACAAGAUUUAUUCAGUCGCUACAUUAUGGUUAUAUUCAUUCUCGUAAAGACCCUAAAGCUGACUUAAAUACUUCAGUGGAAAAGCAUAUAAAUGACUACCUGAAGCGAAACAGUAAAUUUAAUAAAGAGUUCAUUUUAUAUAAUUAUAGUACAACCUUGGAUGAGAAAAAGCACCUAUAUCCUGCACCAAAAAACAAAUCCAAUAUUGAAAGCGCCUUACGCAACUACAUUUUUGGUUCUGAAACCUAUCAGAUUUCUGUUUCUAAAGCAAAAAAAAUUAUGGAUGGAAAUCGGAAGCCUCAGCAGUUUAGUCCUAUUUCAGAUUAUGAAGCCACAGAGGAGGAAUCUGACUACAGAAAGAGAAAAGCUAGGAAAAGAAAUGGUUCUGAAUGUGAAACUGUAGUUGCCAAGAGAAAACCUGGUGACCAUGGGGAUUAUGAUGAAGAAAGUAUCAAAGAGUUGAUAAACUUAAUUCAGUGUAAGAAGAAAAAUGUAGAUAGAGACUCUGACACGGAAGACAACAGAAAUGAAAGCAGACUGAAGCAAAAGCUGAAAAUUAAGACUGAGAGCCCACAGAAACAUUUUAAAACUAGUGAGUCCUCAGAAAACAUUUGUCAGCCUGAAGGGGGCAGAACAACAGAAUCGCUUCUUUCAAUGAUACAUGACCUUGGUGGACAUGAUACAGAUUUGAGGCAGCAAAAUGUUGCUAAUAAUGAAAUAUAUGGUUUCAUAAAGCGGAUUUCAGCAAUGGCUAAUAAGCAAGAUCCAGCAGAAAGCUAUUCAGAGCAACUGGCUGAAUACAACUCAAUUCUACCACAGAUCAGCAACCUUCUUAAUGCUUCACAUGUUGAAAAUGUUCAAUUAAAUGACCCUCAGAGCCCAAAGUUGGAAGUGAAUGCAUCAUGCUUGCCUUAUUCUUCUGAUGUUUCUGCUAGUGAAGUAGACAUUGAUCAUGCUCAACAUUUAAAAGAAGCAAGCACUGGAAGUGCAAGUAGCUUUGAUGGUGGUAGCCCAUGUCCUAGCACACCCCUUGAACAGACUUAUCAUAGACAGCAUUCCGGCUCAUACAACGUUGAAUUGACUGAAAUGCACUGGAAGCUGAUUCCUAUCACAGGAGGGGCAGGAAGAGUUCCUGAAGAGCAACUGAGAAAACAUGGAGCUAACCAAACAGGCUUGAAAUCUCAAGAAGAAUUACUGGCUUAUUCACCACCAGAGGGUGCCUCUGAAAAAGACCCCCGAGUAAUAAGCAGAAGAAGUUCUGAUGAUCAGUUUGCAUAUUCUGCAUUUACAGACACACAGGAGGGAAGAAUAGAAGAGGGUGAAGAGAAUUUUGAAGAUCGGUGUGAACUUGAGACAGAACACUUUUUGCCAAAUAUGCACUCCAUAACUGGAAUAAUAGAAACAGCAAUAUUGGAAGAAUAUAAUCUCUUUACCAAAAAGAUUCAGGAGAUUUUGAAGCAGAAGAAUAUUAUGUAUGUAAGUGCAAUACCCAGACCUGUCCUUUCAGCCCAGGAGAAGGUAAUGAGACUUUCUGAAUAUAUAUGCUUACAGGCAUCAGAUAUUGCUGUCCAGGAAUACAUUGAGAACCUGAGUGAACAGCUCAGCAAUGUUGUUGCAUCAUCAUCUUCAUAUGCUAUCCACAGUGCCCCGUUUACUAGAAGUCCCGGACCAGUAAGCGAUUCAGUUACUGACACUGGAUUACAUUUGCCACCAGAAGAGCCAGUAGCUCUUCCAAGUGAUUUUGGCAUGGAGCAGUUUCCAGAGCUACCAUGUAACAAAUUGGAGGAAGAUUCAAGCAUUAAUGAGCAGAAUCAUUUAGCGAUCUUGGACACAGGAAAAAAACAGAGUUCUGUGAGCACCAACAUAGAAGUGAAGUCGCCAGCUAAUCCAAAUGUGACUACUGCUGACCCUGUGCGCCAUCCGGAUAAGAUUCCAACAUCUACAGAUAACCUUGCAACCCCGACUGACUUAAGUGCUAUGAUAAACCAGAUACCAUUUGAGGACGGUUUUCUCAAACGCAUCUUCAAAAUUAUUAAAGAUGUCCAAAAAAAUGUUGUGAAAUUCUACAUUCAUGAAAAACAAGAGAAUGCACUUUGCAAAGAAAUAAAAGCAUAUCUUACUAAACUAGGUAAUACAGAGUGCCAUCCUAGGCAAUUCUUGAGAGGGAGAACCGAUGUGGAUAAAUUACUUAUAAUCAUUCAAAAUGAAGAUAUUCACAGUAUAAUUCAUAAGAUACCGUGUUUAGUAGAUUUGAAGAGGCUUCCGUGUGUCGAUUUUGCUGGUGUUGACAGUUUGGAUGAUUUGAAAAAUCGUACUUACUAUGAUUUAUUUGUUUCUGGUGGCUUCCUUGUCUCUGAUGAAUCUGUUCUCAAUCCAGAGUCUAUCACAGUUGAUAAACUUAACAGUUUUUUAAAGUUCCUUGAAGCGUUGAGUACUCCAGAUGGGAAGUGGCAAUGGAAAAUUCACUGUAAAAUACAGAAAAAAUUGAAGGAACUUUGCAGAACGAAUAGAAAUGCCACAAGCUUGCUGACACUCUUGAAUACUUAUCAACAGAAACACUUGGUUGAGAUUCUGUCAUACCAUAGUUGUGAUUGUCAAUCUCGAAAUCCUCCAGACCUGGGUUGUCUUAUAAGACUUCAAGCUGAAUAUGCACAGCAGAGGCACAUUGUCUUCCUGACAGAAAAGAAUGUGCUAACAUUUGCGACAUACGCUGAAAAUGGAAUAGUGGUUACUACAGUAGAUCAAUUCAUGCAGAACUUUAAAAGUCUUGUUGGACAUCAUAACUCCCAUUCCUCCAUUGAUCAUGAAAGACAAUCAGUUCUUGUAGAAAACGAUGAAAAGGAUGAGGAGGACAUGUCUUUGGAUUCAGGGGAUGAAGCAUCACAAAUAGAAGUUUGCAAUGAUGCCUCAAAGUAUGAUUCCCACUUGGAAGCUUGUGAGAUAGAGACCAAAGGAUCUCAUGGAACAGAUACUAAGCAAAACUCUCAAACUGUUAUGUUGCUGCCUGCUGAAGGACACGGUCUUCUGACAGAAAAGACUUCUAUAAUUGACAUGCAAGACAUACAACCAGUUACUCCAGUUUCUACAACAUGCUCUAUUGAAGGAGAGAGAAGCAGUUCAGUCCAACAAGUUCCUUUCAGUUACUUUCAGAGUUAUAACAGACAGUUAAGUGUGCCCCACCAGUUCAGUCAUUUUAACGUUCUCACUCAUCAGACAUUUCUGGGAGCAGCAUACCCCAUGCCUACAAGCCGGAUCCAAGAAGGUGGGAACUACUUUCUGACUGCCUACAGCCAGAACAUGGAUAUGGACCAGACUUCAUCUCCCAAUAAUUGGGAUGUCAGUUAUGAUUCUUCCCGGCUGUAUUCCAAACAGAAUUAAGCAAAGCUGAAAUGUUUUUAUACAUGGUUGUGGACUUUUCUGUUUUAAAAGGUGAAUUAACAGUUUCUAUUCUAUGAACUAAACAUUUCCUGUCUCUGAUCUCAAUUGUUUUCCUGUCUUAUUUAAAUCAUGAUGACCUGUACCAGGUGAACCACCUGAAGUUUGAAAUAAAUAUAUAUUUUUUAACAUUUACUGUACGUGAAUUAACUUGUUUGUUGACACUUAAGUUCGUACGUUUUGUAUUUUAUGUGUAAUUGAGACUUCCAGCUUGAAGUCUGUUUUAAUGUAAACUGAAUGUUUGCCUGAAGCAUAUGUGAAGGCUUCAAUUUUAAAGCAAAGUGUAACAGGAUAUUCAAACCUCUUUUUCUUUAUCAAAGCUGUUGUGUACAUAUUUUGACGGUUUUGUACAAAUUAUUUAUACAGCUAUUAAGGCAGUUCUAGUUACUUUACAAAUAUCCUCGGUUGUUGGAUACAGACCUCCAACAACCAAUGGAUGCAGUUCAUUUUGAAAAUAAAAUAAUAAUCCAUGAGA